AUGCCUAAUGAUAUUCGAGAUCUUCGGGAGGUCACAGUCGACGACGAGAAUGGACUUAUCUUCGAGAAGAAUGUCAGCAUACCUCUGAAAAUCUCAGAGCUUCCCAUUCGUUGCAACGUAUAUCGUCCAAUCGACUCGGACAAGGGCCAGAAGUACCCUGUCCUUGUAACUUAUGGUCCUUACGGAAAGGAUAUCUGGUACGGAGAUUUCCAUGCCAAGUCCUAUAGUGAUGUUCCUGAUGAACAUCGGUCAAAAUACGCUGCAUGGGAGACUCCUGAGCCUACUUUCUGGACCAAGAAUGGCUACGCAGUCGUUCGUGCCGAUGAGCGAGGACUCGGGCAAUCGCCUGGUCUACUUGACACCAUGUCUAGAGGAACGAGCGAGUGCUUCUUUGACGUGGUUGAGUGGGCAGCAUCUCAACCUUGGUCAUCAGGAAAGGUUGGCUUGUUGGGAAUUAGUUAUUAUGCCGGAAGCCAAUGGCGGGUUGCGGCCCGUCGACCCAAGGGCUUAGCCGCUAUUGUUCCAUGGGAAGGCAUGUCUGAUUACUAUCGUGACCGCUGUCGACAUGGUGGUAUCUUCUCCAACGAGUUCAUUCGGUUUUGGUGGAAUCGUCAGGUUAUCACAAAUCAAUACGGCCGCCCUGGUCGAGCCAGCGAUAAAUGGGGUGAGGAUACCAUUGAAGGAGAUCUUUCACAAGAUGAACUCAGCAUUGCCAACUGCCAAGAUCAGAACAUCGAUAAUGAACGCAACCGCUUUCGCAAUGAUGAUUACUACGCUUCGAAGGAGUACAACUUGGAAGAUAUCGAAGUUCCUGUUCUAUCAGUCGCGAACUGGGGAGGUAUUCUCCUGCACUUGAGAGGAAACGUGCAAGGCUACCUUUGGGCUGGCUCCAAGCACAAGUUUUUACGCUUCAUCGUUGGUCGCCAUGAUCUCCCGUUUUAUUAUCCCGAGGAGGUAGCCGUUCAAAGAAGUUUCCUUGACGCUUUCUUGAAGGGUCAGGAUGAUCAAGGCUGGACUACCGGACAGGUUCCGCCAGUGAGUCUACGUUUGCGUAAAGGCGACGUUGGCUUCAACAACCCCAAAGGAGAGAAGACAUUUCCUAUUCGUGAUGAGAACGAGUGGCCCAUCAAACGAACUCAGUACACCAAAUACUAUCUGGAUAGCGAUCUUGGUUUGGCGCCAUCCUUCUCCGACACAAAUAAAGAUGCAGUGGUUUCGUACAAAGCUCUCGGCUCAUUGAAAGACCCGCAGCUAGUACAAUUCACCACAACGGCGUUCGAAACUGAAAUCGAAAUCACCGGCCAUAUAGUUGCCCACCUGAAUAUUUCGGUCGAGAUGGCUGAAGCAGUUCAGGAUCCCGAUAUUGAUGUUUUUGUUACAGUCCGACAUUUAUCUCCUGAGGGCAAAGAGGUUUUCUACACAGGCUCAUCUGGAGAUAAUGUUCCUGUUUGCAAGGGAUGGCUUCGUGUAAGCCUGCGCAAAGUUAACGAAGAUCACCCCAAGAACCGACCAUGGCUACCUUUGCGGGAGUAUCUUUCAAGCGAUGUGCAACCUGUUACUAACAAGGAGAUUUAUCCGGUGGACAUCGAGCUCUGGCCAACCAAUGUCGUGGUUGAAAAGGGAGGCAAGUUGAUCUUCGAGAUCAGCUCUGGUGACACGCAGGGCUGCGGACUUUUCCAACAUACAAAUGCGGUGGACCGGUCGGCAUCUGUUUUUGCAGGCACCAACUUUAUACACUUUGGGGAUCAAUAUGAAAACUACAUUACUCUCCCAGUCAUUCCUCCACGGCAUUAG